AUGGUGAACGUCAAACUAACAAAGCCAGUGUCUACACCCUCGUCUUCCUACUCAAACCGUAAACGGAAAGCCGAUGACGACUAUAAUGACCAUGACGGACGCAUGUCCGCUUCGCCCACCAACUCCCCAGCUUUUACACCUCGCCAACUCCCCAACAACUACCGCAACAUCAAACGCUCCCGGCCAAAUGUCUCUGGUCGACCACUAGCUCUGCCCCGUCUCUUGGAGACCCUCGACACCGAUGCCUUGCGGACCGUCGUGCGGACCAUGUGUGAGCGCCACCCUCAGCUGGUCGACGAGGUCGUCCACACAUCUCCACGCCCAAAUGUGUCUUCGACUCUCCAGGUCCUUCGCAACUACCAGGCUACUCUCCAGUCUUCCUUCCCGUUGGGUGGCAACACCGAAUCCGACUACGCCUACAACCGAGUUCGGCAGCCACUCACCAACCUCCUCGACGCUCUGAGUGACUUCACCCCGAACUUCCUUCCUCCCAACGAGACUCAAGCAUCCACUUCUUUGAGCUACCUGGACGGUGCGACCGAUAUCAUCCACGCUCUGCCUCGCUGGAGCACGCCGCAGAACAACAUCGAACGAGACGCCGCCUACGACGAGAUGUGCAAGGCAUGGAUCCUGGUGAUCCGCGAAGCGGCGAAGCGUGGCGGUGGUAUCCAGCUGCAAUAUGGAGGCUGGGACCAGAAAUUGGCCAAGCACAACCAAACCUCCGGUGGCAAGCUCCAGGGAGCCGUCAACGAACUCGGCCAGAGCUUGGGCUGGAUGGGAGGCUCCGAUACGCCUUCCCACGGACCUAACGGCGACAUGGGCUCAAUCAGAGAUCAGCUCUUCUCCGGUACCUAUGGGCUGGGAACCCCCGUUAAGGUUGGACCCUGGUGA